AUGGUGGAAAUGGGCGAGAACGUGUGUCCUUCCAACCAUCCUCACAAGCACCACGUACCGAUCUACAAAUUAGACAACACAAUGGGAGGGGAUGAGGCGGAAAACAACCCGGGAGGAGUCCCCUCCACACACCUCGUUGAUCCCGCGCUCGAGGUCUCAUUAUUCUCCCUCACACCUGGUGGUGGCCGAUCUCGAAAUUUGAACGCCUCGGCGCUUGAAGAACCGAAAAGUCAUAGGGUGCAUAUAUCUCGCCCCGAUAAAAUAGCGUCGUGGGGCUUCUUAACCUAUGGUAACCGCUUCCCGCUGCGUGUUGGUGAGGUCACGUCCGAUAAGGCCGCUGCGCUCAGGGAGGGUGACGAGAUUGUGGAAAUCAACAGGACGAAACCGAGGGAUUACGAGGAGGCCAUGCAGUUGUUUCAACGGGCUUGCUUGCAUUUGGAGCUGUGUGUACGCCGUAGACCUGAUGGAGACAAGCACUCCAAUUUGGCGUGCGACCACAGUACAGAAAGAGCAGGUGUCGCAGCACCUGCAGUUGUGGCGGGCGGAGUGGCGUCCUCUUUUCUUCCAAGUCAUCAGGGCGGCACAGAAGCCGAGCUUCCACCUUUUCAUGAACCGCCACAGACGUGGCCAGGGACGGGGAUGGUGCAGUAUUCCGCACAUAUGGCAUUGGAUAAACUUCUGCGAGGGGGCGAACCAAAUGGAUUUGGCGGCAUUUGUGCUGGCAAUGCAGCCAUGGUUGACCGGACAUCCUUCCUGAAGUCGGAUGCUUCCUCCGCAGCGUUUAUUGAGGACAUCGCGAGGGCAUGGCGUUCUGUCUUUUCUAGAAAACGAGCUCGAAAUUUCGAUGAGCACGCUGAAUGUCACUACGCGGAGGUAAGUUGUGUUCUGCCGCGACCUGUGCCACAGGCGAUUUAUGACCGUAGUAGUUGCCCUUUUUCUGCAGAGGAGGGGUUCACUUCGGAGUUUCACGACGCGGUGCAGCACACAUUGACUGCGAAUGCGUUGUCGCAUGGACGAGAGCUUAAUUCUCAGGGCCCCGCCAAAAGAGCUUUGGCGACCAGCCACGACAGUCAGCAUCGCAGUCCGGAGGCGGUGGCGGAAGAAAUAAAGAACAUGGAGGGGCACCGCGAUGAAGAGGUAGCACAACAUAAGGCAGCAAAAGGAGUGGCGCAGUUCCACGAAGAGCUGGAGGCGACCCAUCAUGCCAUGCUGCGCGUGGCAGCCUCUCAUCGCCAGAUGCGAGAGGAAGAGCGAAAUUGCGAGGAGGAAAAGUAUCGCCAAACAGAGGCUGCUGCGAAGAAUUUUCUAGCCAAGUAUAUGGAGGCAACUUCAUCGAGCAAACCAACGAUAGGGACAAAACAACGGAGCCGUCGGGGGCACCACCACGUGGAUACGCAUAAGCUUCAAAGGUACGAACUCCCUUCACUACCACCUUUUGCAGCUGACGUGGCUUCUGGGUGUCGUUCAACUACGCCGCUACCACCACCACCACCACCACCACCACCGCCACCACCACCACCUCUACUACCGUCUUGUAAUUCCUUUUCCACGACUGAAAGGACACAUCACGCUGAAGGCUAUUCGAGCCGUCUCUUGCGCUUGCCAACGCCCCCGCCAACGCCUCCGCCAACACCCCUGCCGCCACUACGGGAGUAA